AUGUACAUAACACGUCUUCCGAGAGUAUUCAGCCUUCUCCGUCCAUAUUCCACUGUUUCCCCUAAUAUAGGAACAAUCCCAAAUUCAUAUGCACAGAACGACCCCUCAUAUCUUGGAGAUGCCCUUGCGAUCGAUGGAUCAAUACCCACUGUCGAACUUGCUUUUGAUCAUCACAAACCAAACUUAGAACCGACCCUUUAUAAAUCACCUUUGAUCUUCUUACAUGGAUUAUUCGGGUCUAGAUCAAAUACAAGAACGAUAGCUAAACAGUUAACCAACCGAUUAGAUCGAGAUGUUUAUUGUCUUGAUUUACGUAAUUUUGGAACUAGUCCCCAUAUUGAUAGAUUAGAUUAUCCUAGUUUAGCUGCCGAUGUGGAGAGAUUUAUCCAAGAACGGAAAUUCCCGGAAUUUGCCAAACCGAUCGUAGUUGGACAUUCUAUGGGGGGUAAAACUGCCAUGGCUAUGGUGUUGAGAAAUCCCGAUUUGGUGAAGAUGUUAUGUGUGGUUGAUAAUGCUCCUGUGACUAAGAUUACUUCUGAUACUUUUGGGAAAUAUGUAAAUCAAUUAAGAUUGGCAUUGGAGAAAUAUAAAUAUACUAGUGUUAAGGAAGUAGAUGCAAAAUUGGCCGAAGUUGAAGAGAAUAAAUCAGUUCGUCAAUUCUUGUUGACUAAUUUGGAUAGGGGCCAUAGACAUGCUCAUAUUAAAUCGAAAGUUCCAUUGGAUAUUAUUGGGAAUGCUAUUAGUCGUGGCGUGAUUUCUAGUUGGCCAUAUGAUCUGAAUAUAGUUAGAUGGACAAAGGGACCAGCGUUGUUUGUUAGAGGUUCGGAAUCGUCAUAUGUUCCUGAUGAAGUCAUUCCUGAAAUUGCGAGGUUUUUCCCAGAUUUUGAAUUGAGAGAUAUAGAAGCUGGUCAUUGGUUAAUUAGCGAGAAACCCAUUGAAUUUAUGGAAACUUUGACUGAAUUUAUUCAAAGAAGAGAAGACGAGGAGGAAAUUUAG